AUGCGCCUCUUCAACGCAUUCCUCAAGGACUCCACCAAGAAGCGGCGGAAGGACCUCCGCCUCCGGGAGCUUUCCCGGGAGAUUCGCGACGUGGUGUACGAGGCGGAGGACGUCAUCGACGCCUUUGUGACACAGGCGGCGGAGACCAAGUCGAAGAAAUACUUCCUCAGGUCCAUGCACAAGCCGCUCAAGCUCAUGAACAUCGCUGAGCAGGUGGAGGGCGUCCGGGCCAAGGUCAACGAGAUCUAUGGCGAUAAGAGCUUCAUCGACUUUUCUACCCUCAAUAUUGGAGAUGAAAAGCCGGACGAGAUCGAGGAACCAAUAGUGAUACACAAAAAUGUGGUCCGUUUUGAGGACGAGGCAGAGAAAAUAAUUGGGUACCUCAACGAGAGGACCGAACAACUCGAUGUCAUCUCCAUAAUCGGCAUGCCCGGCCUUGGCAAGACGACCUUGGCACGAAAAAUCUUCCGUGAUCGGAACAUCGCGUUCGAGUUCCCCACUCGCAUAUGGGUUUAUAUUUCCCAAGAAUUCACGAAGAAAGACAUCUUUUUAGCCAUCUUAAAAGAGUUUACUACGAUCACUGAGGACAUUUACAACAAAAGUGAUCGGGAGCUGGCUCAACUGGUGGCUUCUCAUUUAGUGAUACGGAAAUUCUUGAUUGUCAUGGACGAUGUGUGGACAGCCAACGAUUGGGACAAGCUUCAAAUCGCUCUUCCAAAGGGUAACAAGAUGGGAAAAGUCUUGAUCACCAGCCGCCAUGAGGAGGUGGCUCGGUACGCCAACCGGGAUAGGCCUCCCCACAAGCUGCGUUUCUCGACUCAUGAUGAGAGUUGGGAGUUGCGGCAACUCGAGGUCUUUGGCAAGCGUGAUUGUCCUUCCGAUCUUGGGGUUUUUGGGAAGCUAAUCGUCAACCAGUGUUGUUGGCUGCCCCUCGCCAUAGUGAUCAUUGGGGGUAUUUUAGUCAAAAGAUUCUCAUCGUCUGAUAAUAUCAGCGUGAAAAGGAACGCAUGGGAAAAGACUGAGGCCGAGAAUGAGGGAGAAAAUUUCCUCCAGGAGAUUAAAAAGUCGAGCGAGGGGUGCUUCUAUCCUCCUGUCUGUGAGAAAUAUCGUCGGCUCUGCAUCCACUCCGACGUUCUGGAGUUUGUCUCCUCUAAGCUACUCUACGGACACCGUAUCCGCUCUUUCGCCUGUUUCUCGAAAGAGGAGAUCGACCUCCCGGCAUCGAGUCUCUCCCACAUCCCCUCGGCCUUCAAGCUCCUCCGGGUCUUAGAAGCCGAGCCCAUGAAGUUCUCCAAGAUCCCUUCCGAGCUGUAUCAGCUGUUUCACCUGAGGUACAUCACGCUGUCCUACACCUCGCCCACCCUUCCCUCCUACUUCGCCAAAUUAUGGAACCUGCAAACCCUGGUGGUUGACACUACAUGCCGUACGCUCGACAUCAAAGCUGAUAUCUGGAAAAUGACCCAACUUAGGCACAUCAAAACGAAUGCAUCCGCAUUGCUGCCCGCGCCCGAGACGGCGGGCAAAGAUGGCGAGAAGCUACAGACCCUUGGCUUCAUCUCCCCGCAGAGCUGCACGGAGGAAAUCCUCAACCGGGCCCGCAACCUGAAGAGGCUUGGCAUUCGUGGCCGCCUGGCCCUGCUUUUAGAAGGAAAAGUCGGGUCGUUCGACAGCCUUGCAAAGAUGGCAUGCCUCGAGAAGUUGAAGCUCGUGAAUGACUUCUUCCCUAGCCUGGCUUCCGAGGGCCAUUUGCGGUUGCUUCCUCAGCAUUACAAGUUCCCGCCGAAACUCCGGAGCCUUACUCUGUCUGAAACAUUUCUCGAAUGGAGCCAAAUGUCCACCUUGGGCUUGCUCGACAGCCUCGAGGUGCUGAAGCUGAAGGAUUGGGCUUUCAAGGGAAAGUAUUGGGAGGCGGCUGACGGAGGAUUCCGCCGCCUGGAAGUGCUGUUUAUUGGGCGGACAGAUCUGGUCGUGUGGAAGGCCUCGGGACAUCAGUUCCCGAGGCUCAGGCGGCUCGAGCUGGAGAACUGUGAGGAGCUUGGGGAGAUUCCAAUUGGACUGGCGGAUGUGCCGAGCCUGCAGUUGUUGGACGUUUACCGUUGUAGAUCUGCAGUUGGGUCCGCCAAAAGAAUCAGUGAGGCCAUACUGAAGAAGCAAGAGGACCAAACUCAAGUUGCUGGAGAGGGCAUGUUCAAGCUCACCAUUUUUCCUCCGGCGGACGAGUUGUUGGCUUGA